AUGUCUGAUCCCAGUUCAACAGACGACGACCUCCUCGCCCGCCUCAAUGCGCUCAAGAAAUCCUCCGUCAGCCUAGAUACCAGUCACAGCGCUUCAACAGUACCUCCGAACCCUCCCAAGCCAACUGAUGACCUCGCUGCUCGAUUCGCACGUCUUGGUAGCGCGUCUCCAUCGGGCUCGCCACAGCCGUCGCGUACAACGUCCACGAACAAUGUAGGCACACCGGUCAUAGCGCCAGGAGCACCGAACUACUUGGAAGGAAUAGCCCAGGGAGUAGGAGGCUCAGAUGUGGAGUUCAAUGAGGAAGACGAAAAGAGCCUAGAGGAGUUGCUUGGUGAGCUGAAUGGCGCCGUGGGUGAUCGGAAGGAAUGGGACGUGUCCAAAGCGGAACAACAGGAUGUCGGGAAGUUGUUGAAAGAUAUGCGCAGAAUACUGCCAGAAGUAGUGAACAGCCGGACAAAAGACUCGCAAAACGGAAGUACCAAACGCCAUCAGCCAUCCAAGGAGGAACUUACAGAUUGGGAAAGCAUUGAAAUCAACGUCGGAAGUGGAGAGGUUGGUAGAGCCCAAGAAGAUACACAAGAUCAAGACGACGAGAAUGAAAAUGGCAAGGAAAAUAUCGAAGACGAUGAGGUAGACGAUGUGAUAGCGAGGGUCAUGGCAGAACUCGAGAUUAGCAAGAAAUACGAUCCUCCUUCUCCUCCAUCCGAAGAUGACAAGUCAGAAGCAGGAGACCAGAAGAAUAAGCUGAAGGAAGAUACCACGGAUGAUGGCUUCACUCUUCCCUCCGCCCCGGAUACCCUCCCCGAAGACGAUUUCGCACGCAGCCAAGCCAUCGAAGAUGCCUUUACCGCACGCUUGGCCGCCCUAGCUGGCCCUUCGCCAUCACAGACAGAUUCUCUUGGUCUCCCUUCCGCACCAUCAUUCGCACCUAGAAACAAGCCACCCGUGUCUGCAAACAUUCAGAAACAGGUCGACGACGAGAUUGAUACCUGGUGUAUCAUUUGCCAAGAUGACGCUACGCUGAAGUGCCUGGGCUGUGACGGUGAUUUGUAUUGCCAGACUUGUUGGAUGGAAGGGCAUAGAGGGGAGUCUGCUGGGUUAGAGGAGAAAAGACACAAGGCCGUGUUGUACUCGAGGAAGAAGAAACAACAAGCUGCUGCGUGA